CUCCGACUAAUUUUCCCGAGCGAACGAACAUUGUUCCCUCUCUCUCUCUCUCUCUCGCUCUCGCUCUCGCCCUCGCCAUGGAAGAAGAAACGUCGAAGCUACAACAGUUUCCAGAGAGUUUCCUUAGCUUUCUAGAGGCUAAUGGCCUUGAUCCUUCAAUCUACACUCACGCAGAUUCAAUUCCACGCUACGUAAGGUUGAAACCAGGGUUCGAGAAUGCUGUCCAAGAGAUUGAAUCCCAAAUUAACUGUAAACUGGAGAAGGUGAAGUGGUUACCUGGUUUCUACUCUAUUCCUCCACAUGUUCAUAUAGCCAGAUCCAAGGCUUAUCAGCAAGGCAUGAUGUACGGAAUCGAUGCAGCUUCCGGUGCUGCUGUUUCAGCUCUUGGUAUCUCCCCUGGAGACCAUGUCUUGGAUCUUUGUGCUGCUCCUGGUGCUAAACUCUGUAUGAUGCUUGACCUACUGGGUGACAAGGGCUCUGCGACUGGUGUCGAUGUAGCAAGGCAUCGUCUUGCUUCCUGCAGAACAUUGCUUCUAAAAUACGGGCUUGGUGAAAGGAGCAGACUUUUUCUUGCUGAUGGAACCAUUUUCUCAGUGCCACCUACCACAAAUCUAACAUGUGAUGAGCCAUGUGUAGACGAUCAUGAAGACACAUUCAAGCAGUGGACUUCCCGUAGACCUUACAAAGAAAGGAAACAAGAAGCUAAGGCCAGGAAGAUAUCUUCUGUUUUGCCGCAGAAUGGACAGCCAGAAAUUAUCUUCUACGGGCAGAGUUCUGGAGUGAUCGGAUUAAAAAAGAAGCAACUUUAUAGAUCCCUCGACGAAAAUGAUUAUGCAUAUUGUGGCUAUGACAAGGUUCUUGUAGACGCAGAAUGCACACAUGAUGGUUCAAUCAAGCAUAUCCAGAAAUUUGAGCAAUGGGGUUGGACAACACUGGAACGCCGUGUACUAGAUGCCGAAAGAACCGAUAUCAGUUUAGCAUCUCUUCAGCUGAAUCUACUGAGAAAUGGAUUCAGAUUGUUGAAAGAAGCCGGCACCCUAGUGUACAGCACAUGCAGUUUGACGCAUGCCCAAAACGAAGAUGUGGUGGAUCAGUUCCUUGCUGAAAAUUCCUCUGCAGAACUACAAGAGAUUGAAAUGGCCAAGGAUUGGCCAUGUAGAAGUGGUCGCACGCCUAAAACACUACGUUUUGAUCCGGCCACCUCAGCAACCAGCGGCCUUUUCGUUGCAAAAAUCAGGAAAUUGGCACUCAAAGAAACAGAGAAGAAUGUGUUGUGAUGCCUCUGUUAUCUAUUCUACAAUCUCACUCAAAAGGGUCGAUAGGUUGAUGGCUCAAUUCAAAGUUGGCUACUUUUAGCCCUAUAUGUUUGUUUGAAGAAUAGGAAGUGUAUUUGCUUAGAGCUAUUGGGUUUUAGGAUUUGCCUAAUCCCAUUCCAAAUUCAUGUUUGCAAAGCUGAUUUUUGUCCAUUAGAAAUUUAGAACUUGGUCUCUGUAGUCCCACCACUUUUCUACUGUUACAUUUUUUUCUCUAUACACCUAUCUAAUUGUGAGGUUGAUUUUGUCGACU